GUUUAUGAUUUAAUUAGCGUUUUUAUUAUUUGUUCUAACACUUGGAUAAGACAUAGAAGAAGAAGAGUAACUUAUUAUGUUUAUUUAGACUCUCUAAAAAAAUUGGUGCUUGUUGGAUGAAAACUAUUAAGGAUAUUAAUAAUGAAAAAGAUUAUAUGGGCAAAAUUAUUCAAAGUGUAGAAAAUGCUAAUAAAACAUUGAUCUUUCAUAAAAUAUAAAUGUCUAUGAUUUUGUAAUGUGAAUCUUUGAUUGAUAUUAAUAAUGAAGUAAUUUUUAAUUAAUAAUGUUGAAGAAUUAUUUAACUUUAAGUUAUAAGGAUGUUGUAAAGGAUUUUGAUUAUAAAUAAUAUAUUGGAAUAGAAUUUAAAUUAACUAAAGAAGAAGAAACAUUAUUGAGAAUUAUCAAAAAAAUGGAGAAGGACUUAGGUGAAUUAAACAAAUAAAAUUAAAUUAAAUAAUAAUAUAAGUAAACAUAAUAGGUUGA